GGAUAGAGAGGCCGGAAGUUCUCCCGGAGCUACACGCUGUGUACUGGAAGCCCGGCCGAGGCUGCAGGAAAGGGGUUCGCUGGGGGCUUGGCUGGGUGGGUGAGGCAGAGGGUCGACGUUAGGCGCCUUGGUUCUGCACGAUGGCGUCUCGGGCAGGCCCGCGAGCGGCCGGCACGGACGGCAGCGACUUUCAGCACCGGGAGCGCGUCGCCGUGCACUACCAGAUGAGUGUGACCCUCAAAUAUGAAAUCAAGAAGCUGAUUUACGUGCAUCUCGUCAUAUGGCUGCUGUUGGUUGCCAAGAUAAGUGUGGGACACCUGAGGCUCUUGUCACAUGAUCAGGUGGCCAUGCCCUAUCAGUGGGAAUAUCCAUAUUUGUUGAGCAUUGUACCCUCUGUCUUGGGCCUUCUUUCCUUCCCUCGAAACAACAUUAGCUACCUGGUGCUCUCCAUGAUCAGCAUGGGGCUCUUCUCCAUCGCUCCCCUCAUUUAUGGCAGCAUGGAGAUGUUCCCUGCGGCACAGCAACUCUACCGCCAUGGCAAGACCUAUCGCUUCCUGUUUGGCUUUUCUGCUGUCUCCGUCAUGUACCUGGUAUUGGUACUGGCAGUCCAAGUUCAUGCCUGGCAACUGUACUACAGCAAGAAACUCUUAGACUCUUGGUUCACCAGCACACAGGAGAAGAAACGGAAAUGAAGCCUGCCUGAUGGACUGCUUUGAGGGGUAAACCCAGGUCUCCCAUUGAGCAUCAUGAAGGGAACUUAUUCAGAAUCUCCAUGGACUGUGGCAUCUGUGAUGUUGGCACCUAGUGCACACUAGGCUCAAAUUUUGGCCUAGAGUUCUCUGUUACCAUCUGCUGAGGUGCAAAGCUGUAGUAUUUAAUUUUUUUCUUGACUAGCCACAGGUGGGUGACCAAUGGCUGUGAAACACUUUACCUGGUUGAACUUGAGGCCCUCUAGAGUUUGAGUUUUCCAGACUGAGCCUUAUCCUUGCCUUCUCUUGGUUGUAUUCCCUACUUCAUUCAUCACCUCUUCACCGCCAGUACUAGAAGAGAUCUGGAAUAAAUCAGUAUGUGAAAGUCUACUUCAAUAUGUGAUCUGUGGGUCACAGGGCAGGCAACAUUUGGGAAGUAGCUCCCCUACCGGCUGUUCUGUUUACUGCGAACCAUUUUAAAUCAAAAGAACCUCAAUAAAUAAAGUUAUGACUGUCCUGUG